AUGAGCCUGUCACGUGCAUCUCGGCUGAAAAUGGACAUGAGGAGAAGCAAACGAAAGAAGAUGGAGUCCCGCAAGCGUUUGUUGUCAGAAUUCCUGACCCCAGAAGACGCCAUAACCCGCUACAAGCGUGUUCUUGAGGCGGUGAACAAGGGCAACAAUAAAACGGCGGCUUACAGAGCGGUAGGAGUGGACCGCAAAACCAUUGCCGACACUGCAGGAAUUGCAGAACUGCAUGCUGUGAACCCGGGCAUCUUCCAAGAUAUCCGGGGAACACUGAAGAAGGGGGAAACCCUUCUCCGUUUCUCUGAGAUGUGUAAGUCUGCCAUAAAGGACCAACAUUUAGAGGGGAAGGUCCAGGACUUAAAGACAAAUGGAGGACUAUUAUCCAUUAAUCCAAAGGGGAAGUGAGGAAGGAAUGGAUGUUUUUUUGCUUUGCACUUGUUUUUAUUUUUUUUUUAUAAAAAGUCGUUUUUAUUUACAUUUUUUUUUUUUUUAAGUUCAUCCUUGUUUCAAUAAAAAUGUAAAACUUCAGUGGCUGUAGAUCCGUCAUUGUCAUCAACAGUGUUUGUUUGUUUGU